AUGGGUGCCUUUGUCUCCAAACAGUCCUACUCCUAUCAAAGCAGCGGUGCGGUCACCGACGCGGCCAAUAUUCUAGACCUUCAGUAUGACGAUCCGACAAAUAACGGCCCUACAAAGUGCCAGGAUACAUGCAUCGCCAACUCGCGUGCUGCGUCACUACUACUCGAUGGGAAGUGCUACUGCUCCAAGGACGGUAUAACGAGCAUCCAGUUUGCCGCCGAUCCUCCACCAGACGAACAACUUUGCACCAUCUCAUGUAGCGAAGUACUACCGCCGAUUAUUCCUAGGAUCUCUCCCCCUAUCAAUCUUCCGUGUGGUGGCUAUGACAGUGGAGUUCCACCCUUCAACCUCCCCCACAUCAACCUCUUCAAGUUUCUCCUCCACUUCAUCAUUAUCCCCGGAUUCUCCUUCCUCGACAUCAUCUGUGACCUCCUCUUCCUCGUCUUUAUUCUCAGAUACAACUUCAUCGGCUUUACCUUCAACCCUCUCUUCUAUAACAUCGUUACCCUUAGAUUCUUCUUUCUCCUUUACGUCAUCGUCAUUCUCAGACUCUCCUUCCUCGACAUUGUCUUCAAAUUCCUCAACACCAUCAUCCUCUACAACUUACAUGCCGACACUAGUAAGACGAAAACGUCCGCUUCUAGCCUCACUUCGAUGAGCACGCCCUCAACGACUAGUGAAACAACUGCCAUCAGCCCAACUUCAACUGCGAUUCUUACAGCCAGUUCUUCCUCUGGGACAACAAUCAGUGGUACGACGAGCAGUAGCGCAACAGCCACCACUUUGUCGGAUACAUCGAGGGACGGGCUCUCUUCAUCUACCACAGUUAUCACCGCAAGUGAUCCACCUUUCUCCAACACUACGAUCUCCAUCACUCGGACCUUCACUCCUCCUUUGACUAGCAGUGCAGACAGCUUCUUACCGUCUACUGCCACUUCGUUUAUUUCGGAAUUCUCCAAAUGA